AUGCGAUCGUCAUCAAAGCCCAAGAGCUCUCGCAGGUCUCAGGCCGCCGCCGCCGCUGCUGGUGCUGGCGGCGCAUUCAACACUGUCGGCAAGAUUAGGCAUCUGAAGAAGGAAGAUGGCGAGCCUCUUUGGCGCAAGGACAUACAGUACGACUUUCUGAGGUCCGUCUUCGACAACCCAAAGAAGGUCUUCACCAACAGCUACGACUCUUACCUGGACGAGAAGCAGACCUUCGCUGACCUCUACAUCGACACCAUGGCCAGGAGCAGCAAGACCUCCAAAGUUCUCCGCGACAAAUUGCUUAGUGAUCGAGAAGCCGCCAAGAGCAUGGCCAUGGUCUGCUUGCUGGUCAAUGUUGGUCGAAUGAACACUACUCUCAACUUCUUCCCUGAGAUGCGAGCUCAGCUACGAACUUACCAUGCUAUCCCGUCGCUACAAGCCUAUCAAGACGCCUCGGCUUACAAGCAGCUGCAGGAUGCUCCGAGGCUGAAGUCCAUACUGAAGGGCGCAGCCGAGGACAGAGAGGAACCGCACGAUUUGAACGGCUUCAAGAAGCUUGACGUGCCGAGAACCAACCCAGUGAAUCUCAUAUUUCUCAUUUGUUCACAAGCUGCCCAGAUCGCCGAACUACAUUUCGCCAAGGGUGGUGAAUUCCACGACCUCAUCAUGAGAACAGAGUUUACGAGCGCUUCGCGUGCCAAUGCUUUCUUGUGGGUAAUGUGGCAGUACCUCGAGUCUGACUUUACCGAAGAAGGCUGCGAGGAGAACCCAUUUGGAUCCGGUGUCGAUUACGGCAACAACCUCGCCAACCAGGGGGUACCAAGAUUGAAGCUCAUGACUGCCGACGAGGAGGCCUCAGAGAACAUUGAUGCAGCAGCAGAGAUCGACUUCGGGCGUGAGAAGCAAGCACACCGAGCGAAGAUUAUUGCUGCCGAUCAAGCCUACCUACAGGAGCAUCAGAGCAAGAACCGCCCUCCCAAGGGACGAGUGGUCAACGAGGAUAGCCCUUCUGCCACCAUCCUGCCGCGCAUCCGACCCUCUAAGCACGAUUCUGACAUGGACAGUACCAGAUCAACGCCGCCUCCGAGGGCCCUCAGCCGCUUGGCCGCUAACACCACAGGUGCUCGCCGUAGCAAUGCUCUGAAGUACCAGAUAUUCGAUGCUUCCUCACCAGCUGGGCCGGCUGGCGCGAGUUUCGAUGGUGUCAUGCCUAGGAAGCCUCGCCCGCCGACUGCUCACCAACUCGCCGUGGAGCGGAACCGGAACCAGCGUGUCGAGUACAUCCUGAACCGGGACUUGCGAAAAGAGCAUCACAAGGCCCGUAAGUUGCGUCGGCAAGAGGGCGUCAUUAUCCGUACCAAGCGCCGGCUGGACCAUAUGCCCAAUCCCUUGGAUGACAGUGACGAGGAGGGCUAUCAUCACAAUGACAAGAAAUCCCUCGAACUGUUCCGUGGUAAAGGCAUAGGUGGACUUGUCCCACUUCAAGCGGAGGUCGAUGACUUUGGUGAAGAAUUAGCCACCUACUCCGCCUCCCUAAACCGAGCAGAUAGACGAUUGAUACGAUGGAGCAAGGGUCAGGUCUCAGGCGUCGUACGCCCGGUGAAGAACGCUCGUCUACUCGCCGCACAAUACAGCCACUCGUCUGCACUGGCCAAUGGCCGAGGCUCGAAGGCUGCUUCGGAGAGUUUCAGGAGCGACGCCGGCAAUUCUGGCAUGAAUGGCAACGCUAAUGGCGAUGUCGAUAUGCAAGAUGCUGAUGAUCUCGAUGAUGUGGACAAGGAGCUCCUUGGUCUUGCUGGGGAUGACGAAGAGGGUGACGGUAAGGAUGAGGACGACGAGCUCGACGAUGUUGAUAAGACACUCUUGGGCAUAGAUGACUCGGAGAGCGAGGAAUAA